UGGGGCCCUCACGCACUACCUACGCUACUGAUAUACGUCAUAUGCUAUGCGAAUGCACUAUAAGAUUGCGUUGAUACCACGCAGUUCAUAGUCUACCAGAUAAGCCCGAACCACUAAGUACACAGUACAAUCUCAAUUUGGUUACCGAACCCACGAACACUCGCCGGAAAUACACUCUUCCACAGCACCAUGUCAAACUUCAUCCACAAGGCCGAAGACGCUCUGCACCUCCACCACCACAAGCACCAGUCCCAACCCCAGCCCCAGCCCCAGCACCAGCCCCAGCACCAGCCCCAGCACCCUAAGGCGCCAGAACAACCUUCCCACGGAGUUGAACACCAGGCUCCCGCUCCCGGACCUGCGCCGGAGGUACCUCAAGCUGCCGCCACCGCCCAUGGAGAAACCCGCCACGGUAACCACCACAACAAGCACGGCUCACACCAUCCCAACACUGCGGAGAUCGCGCGAGCAGAUUUUAUGGCCGACCGGCAGUAUGACCGGAUCUUGAAGUCGCCUGACCAUGGCGCUGGAAUUGGGUUUGAGAUGUAAGAAUUAGGGGGUGGAGAGGGUGCUUGGAUGUUAGCGAUGUUUUAUUGCUGUAUUUCUGUGGUAAUGGUUGGAAUGAAUGUAUUAUUUCGUCUGCCAGUCUGGUCCUGUCUUUUAUCGCUUUGUCUCUGUUUUCUUGGGAAGUGGUAUUUAGUUAACUUAGGCUUGGCUGGGUUAGUAAGCACUUUCUUGGGGACAAGCUCUGCCAAGUCUGUGGGUUAUGGGGCAUUAGGAAGCGCUUCAUGCCCUGGAAUAUAG